AUGACCCCUCAUGUCUCCCAUGCAGACCCUCCCACGGUGGAGCCAGUUUACAUGGAGAUGCGUCAGGGCCUGGGCCGGCCCGUGGUGAUGACCUGCAGGGUGCUGCGAGCCCACCCCUCCCGCGUGCUGCGAUUCGAGUGGCUCCUGUCGAACCGGCUGCUCCACGCUGGAGCCUUCGAUGCCCAGAGAGACGAAACGGAGUACACCAUCCGCAGCCUGAAUCGAGACGGGUGGGGGGAGUACACGUGUAACGUCAUAAACGAGGCGGGAGCAGGAAAAUGCACCUUCCAGGUUACAGGCAAAGCCUACCCUCCUGAGUUCUACUACGACACCUACAGCCCGCUGUGGCAGAACCGGCCCAGAGUCUACGGCUUCAAACUGCAGUGGACCCAGAUGAACCCCAACGCGGUGGACCGCAUCGUGGCCUACAGGCUGGGCAUCAGACAGAUGGGCCUGCAGCGCUGGUGGGAGCAGGAGAUUCCUGUGGACGGAGCGAUCAACAAAGGAGAGCUGAUGACACACAACCUGACAGAGCUCAUAAAGCCUGAAUCCUACGAGGUGCGGCUGACCCCCAUCACACGAUUCGGAGAGGGCGACUCCACCAUCCGGAUCGUCACGUACAGCGCUCCCAUCAACCCUCACCUGAGAGAGUUCCACUGCAGCUUUGAGGAGGAGGCCAUCUGCAUGUUCACCCAGGACAAGAAUGACGAUUUUGAUUGGACGAGGCACAGCGCUGCUACCAGAGACACCAAGUACACCCCCAACACCGGGCCGAGCGGGGACCGCAGCGGUUCCAAACAGGGUUUCUACAUGUACAUUGAGACAUCAAGACCACGGAAGGAAGAUGAGAAAGCGCGACUAGUCAGUCCGUUUUUCAACGUAGCACCUAAAAACCCUUACAUUAUCACCAACCCGCCUGCCUACUGCUUCGGCUUCUUCUACCACAUGUAUGGGAAACACAUAGGAACACUAAACGCCCUCCUGAAACAGAAGGGCCAAACGACCUCCGAGGCUCCUGCGUGGUCGCUAAACGGUAACCAAGGUGAACGCUGGAAGCAGGCGAAAGUAAGCAUCCAUCCGACAUCAUCCUUCCAGGUGGUGCUCGAAGGUAUCCGGGGAAAAGGCAUCGAGGGAGACAUAGCCAUCGAUGAUGUCACGCUGGAGGAAGGGGAGUGUCGAGACCCUCCACCCAAUCUCAGCUCCAAGUCUCCGUCCACAUCCUCCCAUAUAUGGCUGCUAUGCAUCACCUUGGUGAUGACCCUCCUGGAAGGUCAGAGGUGACCCUUCUCUCCGUCAUCUCAGAGGCGAACAUUCAGACCCUCCGUCUGUGAACUAUACCCUCGACAUCCAAUCACCAAAGAUUCAUGCAUCCUGAAAGCAGCAGGGGUCCCCUGGCAGACCACGGAGGGGCCGAUAUUAAUGAAAGAGGGAAAAAAUCAUGAUAUAAACGUGACACAAAAAGUAAUAAAGAAGACGCGCUAAUUUUUUUAAAGAAACCUCUUUUACAGAAACACUCCUCGCUGCAGGACUCUGGACAUCUUUAGGAGCACACAGACAAGUGGGCCAUGAAUAAGCCUGGACUUUCGCGAAAGAGUUCACAAGCAUCGAAGGAGGACAGUUUGCAAAGCACAAGAACCCUUUUAUGAAGUUAUGAAAAUAUCUUUGGAAGGCGGUGGAUAUAUAGACUAGUGACUUUUUUGAAAAGGAAUAAACAUUUCCCUGCUUACAAACACAUGGAAUCAGACCUUUCUCUGUGCAUCUUUAUCUUCAUUUUCUUGCACCAGAUGCCAUUCAGCGACACUUGUUUUUCACUCUGGCCCAGCCUCACGUCACACCUUGGCAUUUCUUUAUCUGCUCGGUGCUGUACUGUAGAAAAACAAGGUCUCUGGCAACAUUUAGUUCUGUCUGCUUACUCCCCUGUAGCUGCCUAUGUAUCUAUUAACACUGUGCUCACAAGUCCAAGUGGCCAACCGGCUGUGUGGUGUCAGAACAAUGAAAGCAGGAGAAUCAGCGGAGGUGUAGACAAGGUGGACGGGAGGGCAGAGAGACGCUCAGGAUCUGAAAUGAGAGAGGGAGCAGAGUGGAGGAGAGGGAGAGAGGGAGGAACAGGCAGAGAGUGGAGAAAGGUCCGAUCAGUGAGGCCUGACUCGAAUAUUCAGUCCGCCUGUGGAACAGAAGCCACUUUACUUUCUGCCAUGAAACAAAGUGCCUUCAGAUUACAAACCGAAUCGUGAGCCUGUGUGUUAAUCAACAUCGAACACAUCUCUGUUCAUGUUUCCUCUGAUGGGCUAUUUUCUACAUGUUUCUUUUGCCCCACAAGUGCUGACGGAAGGGCAUGCGUGUUCAGAGGGAGUGUUGGGUUGUUUAAAUACUGAUGGGACAGUUGCCUGUGUGUGUGUGUGUGUGUGUGUGUGUGUGUGUGUGUGUGUGUGUGUGUGUGUGUGUGUGUGUGUGUGUGUGUGUGUGUGUGUGUGUGUGUGUGUGUGUGUGUGUGUGUGUGUGUGUUGUGUUUGUGCGUGCAUGCUCCUAUGCCUAUGCCUCGGCGUAGUUCAACGUGAAGGCAGCAUCCCAGGCAGAGCUGGCAGACCAGGUUUGGAUACAAUUUGGAUUUAAAAAAACAGCAGCAACAAUGAAAGUGAGGCUCUGGAUCUUUUCCUGCAGAACGACAAGAUUAUACAGGAGGAUAAAGACAUGUGGUCGAAUGAAUACCCCCACUCUCUCUUCCCAUAAUUCUCCUUCCCUGCGGUGAGCAUUUUUUAACAAAAGAACGACCGCUGAAUAAAACAUUGCGUUGUACAGGGAGGAGAGUAGGAACUCUGGGACUGUAGGCUCUUCUUUAGGGUCAUACGCCUCGCCCCUACCCUCCACCAUUUAUAUGGAACAAUACAAGAAUAAAAGAUAAUAAUGACCAUAAUAAUAGUCAUGAUAUUUUAUUACUCUAGCGAGAAUGUUUCUCUGCUUUUACACAAACUGUGAAGAUUGACUGUGGAAGAUCUACCUGAGACCAUAACCUUAACCAGCGGGGUUUUUAAAAAAUGUAUUGUAAAAAAGAGAAAAUAAGAAAAUGAAAAAUUCCGUUCAUUGUUGGUUAUGACAAAUGUUUUGAGGACUUGUGUCUUGUUUCUUCUUUUUAUUUUGUUUCUGUUGAAGAUGACUUAACUUCCUUUCUCUUCUUGUCGUCUCCCUUUGCAUUGCUUAAGUAUCAAAGCUGACGGAAGCAUAAGAAGUAAAACCAAUUUGGUAACUGUAUAACUUGUAAAUGUUAAAGAAGCUCUAUUCAAAGGUUUAUGAUAAAUGUUUUAUGUUGGAGUACAGGAAGCACAACAUACAGUUUAAGGUCUCGACAUAUAAAAUCCAUGUUAUAUUUCUCUGCACAUACGUGACCAACUCCCACAGGCUUACCAACACAAGUCCGCGUUUAACAGCAAACUGAUUAUUUUGUACUCAUUACAUUCAUAUUUAUGGUGCAACCAAAACACUAAAGGACAGAAAGAAGCCCGGUAUGAUGGAGUGAUCAUCAAUGCAGACUGGGGAACGCUUCAGUUUGGUGUUGUGGUUGUUCAGCAGAUGUAGCCUCUUCUAUGGAAGCCUGAGUGGGUCAUGUACAUGUGUGAGCAUAAAGCUGUGUACAAUAGGUGUGAUAAGAAACUGAUACGUGUAAAGAAGAUUAAUAUGCCAAGCAAAACAGAGCAGGAUGAUAAGCAUUUCAGGGCAUCCUUAUAAUACCAUCAUGGUCUGUAUGAUGUUAUUACAGAGACAUAAUCACAGCCAUUAUCUGCUGUUUUUUUUGUGUUUUUAUUUCUAUAAGGCCAAGAUCAUAAUGAAUGUAAAUGGACUUUUGGUGGGAGUUCUUUUCUUACAGUCUUACUAUGUUUUCCCUUCUUUUGUGAGUGUGCUUUUGAUGAUGAGAACAUUCAGAGGUUGUUUUCAACACAUAAAGAACAAGUUUGUCUGACUUUGACACCAUUUUCUAAAUUACAAGCUCAAAUGAAAUAUCCAUUUGGGUAGUUGCUAUAUCCUCGUGUCGUAUAGUAAAUAUUGAAAAGUGCCAAAGUGCCCCGUGCAGUCGUCACUGUCACUAAGCCUGGCAUAUGAGUUCCUUAAGAUAUUUUGAAACUGUUCCUUUUACGGCGGCCCUGAGCACCUUUUCAAUGCAAAUGUUAUAUUAAAUACACCUCCGAGAAUAUAAAUGAUUAAAAAUAACUGCUGGACUUAAAUGAAAGAACACCUUAGGUAUUACUUUAGUUUGAAAGUAAAAGUUUGACGUUUGGGAAAGGAGCUUCAACAUAACUUUGCAGAAAGACUGUUAGCUUAGCUUAGCAUCAAUACUAUAAACGGGGAAACUACAAGUCUUGACCUGUCCUCCUACCAGCAUCUCUAAAGCCUGCUAUAAACAGAUAAAGCCAAGUGAUGCUUGUUUAAUCUUUUAAAAAGAACCUAACGUUUAAAAUCAACACGUUUUGGUGUAAUUGGCUUGUCAGGAAGCUAGCAAAGACAUUAGCAAGCUUCAGAGGGAUAUUCUGGUAGCUUAGCGUGGUAUCGAUCUUCUCCUCUUUCUCUCAGCAAAAGCAAAUAAACAAACUUCCAUUCGACAAACAUUUACUUCAAAAUAACUCCCUUGAGUUCAAUUCUUUCUUCUGGAUAGUCACCAUAGUGUGAAAUUGUCUGAGCAAUAUCAACAGUAGCCUUUCAAAACCUAUGACAGACCUGAUAUUUAUUUCAAAUGUGUGGAUUAUACUGUUACAUUUAGGGUACAUUCAUAUCUGCAAAUCCACUGUGAAGGAAAUCUUUCUUAUUUCCCCAGGACAGCGGUUGAAAUUUGACAGCUAAAGGAAUUAUAGUUUGUUUCCAGGGUAUUAUUAAGUGCCCUUUGUGUAAACAAAAGCAGUGAGUCUGCUGAGUACUAGCUUACUCACUCAGCUCUGCUCUUUUUUAUUGAUAAAAGUCCUCUAAAGCUACUUUAAAGUACAAUUGAAUUGGAUUAACACUUUCUGAAUAUGUACAUAGUGUGGUGCUCACUGACUAUUAUGACGAUUAGAGGCUUCUGGAAGGUGUGAAGUGCUCCUACAUUUGCAUGGGGAAUAGGUUUGAGGUAUUAGUAGUUUAUUCUUCAUUGCUGUGUCCCAGAUAUUAACCGUUUGGGUAGUUUGGCACUCAUGCAAGAGUUUGCAGUUGUAGUGAUAAUGUUAGGAAUUUGAAUAGGAUUACAAAAAUCAAAUUAUAGUAUCUUUAUUUACCAGAGUUGGACUGUAUUAACUAUACGUACUGCAAUCUAAAACAACUGCCUAUUGAUGAGUACUAGAUUCUCAAAUGAUUAGCUGAUUGGAACUGGCUGUUUUCUUCCUGCUUCACAAUCAUUGGCUGAUUACACCAGCUGACUCCAAACAUACUAUCACAUCCAUGCAGGCAUACAGCAUUGUCAUGUGGCCUGAUACCUUACACAUUUAUUUAGCUGAUUAGCUUAUGCUAAUGUUAUUUGCUGCCAUAGCUCCCUGAAACAAACAACCUCUACCUUAUGUAAUGUGCUUUUGCUGCUUAGUAUUUUAAAGCUCUCUUUAGAGCCUUUGCCACCAAAUCUAGCUGUAUAACCAUGUUCUAUUGACCUGACUUGAAUAUUUCGUCCCCAAAAUGAUAAUUUGUAUAUUAAUCACUAAUUUCCAGUUGCCCUCUUGUUAAGAAAUGUUGCUCUCCUUUCAUGCCUCAAAAGGUAAUGAAGAGAUAAACAACAGAAACGUUUUAAAUAAAAGUUGAUAGGGACUCAGCAAAACUCCUACAGUAUAAUCCCCUGAACAGUGUGAAUACUGUUUAUGUGGCAGUGUUUUGAAUAGCAAGGUAUUAGCAAAAAUACUGUGUUUGGUAAGAAGUGAUCAUACAUCUGUAUAGGAGUUGUGUGAGAGUUUAUUAACAGAUGUGUUGCACCUCAUAAUAAAUGAGGUGCUGGGGUCAGUUUGUCAGUUCUACUGCAUUACAUUACAUCGCACAGGUCACAGUAUACACUAGGAAUUGCCUUUCCUUUGUAACGCUGUCUAAAAGACAAGCAGAUCGUUACUGCAUGGAGAAAGGACAAAGCCAUUUGGUAUGUGGGAAGAAGGAAGCAGUCUGCAGUACAGUUUACACGGACAGAAAUACUUUUAAAAUGCAGCCUCACUUAACUUAACGAGAAAAAUUACACAUCUGACUCACUGAUUUUGUGAAACAUAAAUGCUACAUGUUGCUGUAAUUUUAAUAAUUACCGGCGGAUAUUAAAAAUACCAAGUAAACAAACAAGUAUUAUUUUUAUAAUGCUGUUACAUACUUGAAGAAAAUCUGUUAUUUCUUUUGUGCAUUCGUUGACAAAUACUCAAAGGAAUUAUGCAGUUAUGCCUGAAUGUACCCGAUGCUUACAUUAAUACCAUUAAAAUGGAGUUACUGUACCAUUAAAGGAUGUGGUCUGUCAGGGUUUGUGCAGGCUGCAGAUUGGACAUAAUUGCCGCAACAUGCAGUGCGCUCAAACUAUUUCCCAGGUUCUUUGGUAAAUUUGAUUAAACUUAUCCAUGUGAGUAGAACCAUGACCAGUUGCUAUGCGAGAAAAUGUAAUUUAAUAAAAAGUACUGCCUUAAUUUCUAGAAAGUGCAUAUCUUGUAAUAUUCUAAACUACAAGUAGAACAAAUCCUGCCUGAAGUCCUUUUCAGUUAUGCUGCUAAACUCAGGCAGUUUUUAUUUAACAAAGUUCCUUAAAAAGGUGUUUUACAACUGUAAUUUACAUAUUUUAACCUCCGUAGUUACACUUAUAGUCACCUUGUAAUGUUUUAUUCUCACCAUUGAAUAAAAUGCAUAUUACCUGUGCUCUGGCGGUCGUUAAAAGGAACAGUCCCAACAUUUCUUUUUGAGUAGAAAUGUUUUCAUUUUCUGUUCAACCUUAAGAAGGGCUUUGUCACAUUGUGCCAUUCAUUGCGCUAUCUUAGCUUCCCUAACCAUUCAGUUCCACUAGCCUGAUAUCAUUGCGACAGCUAGUUCCAAUAAUCACUACUCUACCAAAUGGGGGCAAAGCAUCGUGUUAGGGACGACCAGCACCGACAGAAUUGGCAGUCACAGAAAGUGUUCGUAUGAGGUACUCAAAAUGUCUGUCGUAUUAAACCUGAAACAUUACCACUGUGUUGAAUGUGUUUUUUUUUUAAAAGUGAAAUUGCCAUCUUAAUGUGGUUUCUUUCACUUUCCCGCAGUGGCUAGGCAGCAGAGAGUGACUUCUCGACAGGAGGCUGACUGCAGUCUCACUAAAUAACUGGAAGAGGUAGACACAUUUUCAGAGAUCUCAUUUUACUCUGUCAGGAAAGAAGCAGUGUGUCACUGUUUGAUGGCAUGGCUGCUCUUUGUGACAACUUCACCAGAGGGAGAACUGCCACCUCUCGCUUCCUUAUUGUCUCACUAUUUCUCGAGGCUAGGCAGGAGCAACAUGACCGUUCACACUGUCUCCAUUUAUACUAGUCCAGUUAUUUAACAUCAGUGGAGCAAGAUGAAAAAACUGAUAUGUAUUUGCCCCCCCCCACCCCCCCUCUGCGGCUCCAGAAAAAAGAGACCCCUGGAAAUAAUACGUUUGAUACUGUAAUAUCAAGAUUGAUAAGAAAGCUGUGUUUCAGUGAUGUUUUUUAUCUUGUUAUGUGCCAACACCCUGUUAAAAUGACCUGUCACUCUUCUCUGUUUUGUGCUCUAUAUUUAUAUAUGAUCAGGCUUCUUUUUCACUGUAUUUCUUUGGAUUUAUCACCCAUUUUUUUUGUGCCAUACCUGCAACUAAUGAAAAAAUAAAGAAAAGGAAUAUU